AUGCUGUCGGAAGAGCAAGAGAAACUGGCAGCGGCACUUGGAUUCGCACCGAAUGGAACCGACGAUGAAGGAAUGUUGGAGCCGUAUCCGGUCGCAAAAAAACGAAUUAGACGACCGACAGCAUUCGAGGAGGCAAAUCACAGACACUGGGUUGAGCAUAAGCCUUAUCAAUUGGAACCUGGAAUAAUAAUUGAUGAUGAAGACGAUGAGACCUAUUUUAAUAGAAGAGCAAUUCUUCCUGGAGUCGUUAUUCACCGCUUAAAAUGCGACUAUCACGUCGAAACGGAAUCCUGGAAUGCAAUGGAUCGCCAGCAGAAGGACUUGAUUUCGAGAAUUCUCUGUAAUUACCAUGUUGACACUGGCUCAAUCAUCCAUUCGCCAAAUUUGAAUAAAACGCGAUCGGCGGUGUCUCUAGCCAUGGGAGUGCUUAGCAAGUCAUUUGCAAAAGAUUAUCAAUUAAGAUGGAAUGGCUUCAAAUCGGCAAUUAUAGUAUCAAGACGAAGAAACAUGAAAAAAUGGGUGGCAGAACUAGACAAAUUCUUCCCAUUAGCCAUGGUGAAGGUUAUUGGUCACGAUAGAUAUCGUGGCCGAGAAAUGCUCGAAAUUUUGUUGCGUCUAACCAAAAAAAACGUACCUUUUAUUAUAAUAACAACAUAUGCAAAACUCUUAACAUACACUGAUUUCUUUAGCAGCUUUCCGUGGAAUUGGGCAAUCUAUGACAAUGCGGAACGUUUAAACACCGAGGGCGAACCAUUUGGCACACUUCCUUCGAAGUAUCGUGUCCUUAUCAGCGAAACCCGAUACAACGGUAAUAUCGACAAGUUUGCUGAUGAGUUGACCGCCACGAGCUUCAUCGAGCUUCUUUUCAAAACUGUCGAUCAUAGUCACCCAAAAAUAUACCACAAGAAGCGUGAAACACGUAAAAAAGAAGCAGCAAAAAUGAUUGUGGCGAUCAUGAUGGGUGUUGUCAUGCCAAGAGUUGUCUUAUAUCACAAAUUUAAUAUGUUUAUGAAAACUGGAAUCGUGAAGGCGAAUUUUGAUGAAAUAUUUCAUAUUUUGUGCAUGCCGGUCCCGAGAGCCCUUGGCGAAAAACUAGUUCGCUCUAUCUAA